AUGAAGCGCAUCCAAGAAUUGAGGCAGAUAUUUCAUAACUAUGUCGUCUUCACCAAACCCAUCUUUUUCAUGCUAGGCCUGAUAUUCAGCUACAAGUUAGUGGAGAACGCGUUUCUGAGCAUCUUGAUCACUCAUCUCACCGAUGCGUGGGGGAAGAAUCAGUACGACCUCCUGAAAGCCGCCAUGGUCGUGAAUUUGCAAGAGGGAACGGAAUCGGUUUCAGUUAUUUUGUUCGUUUAUCUAGCCGAUGUUCACACCGGCCGCUUCAAUAUGGUGGCUUUCGCAACUGCGUUUUGCAUCGCUGGAUUGUUGCUCAACUUUGCAUCAACUAGAAAUGAUGAUGAUAAGGAGGUUAAUUUGGGGCUAUUCUACCUUGGACUGGGGUUAUUGACUUUUGCCCAAGCGGCAUUGUCAGUGACGCUUAGAGUGUUUCUUUACGAUCAGCUCCGGCCUAAGGAUGCCGAUCAGCGUGAGGAUCGGAGAAAGCGGCGCACAAAAUUCUGGUGGAAAUUGGUUUCCUUUGUGGCUGCCAUCUUCUCUCUGUUUGGGCCAUUAAAUGCACUUGAGUUUGGAAUUCUUGCAGUGGUAUUAGCUGCUGUGACGGGGGUUUGCUUCUUAGUGUUCUUGUUGGGUAGCAAUUACUACCACCAUGAACAAAAAAUCGAAAACCAAUUUAAAGAUGUUGGAAUCGUCCUCGCCAGAGCCUACAGAAACCGGAACGCCGAGUAUCCACAAGGAUCAUUCAACAUUGAAACACAGAUCCCGCCCUGCCUUUGGGGGUUUAGGUGGGAAAUAACAAGAUGGUUAGACAAGGCGGCAAUUGCGCAUGGAGGCGGUUGUAGUGAUGCACAAGUUGAAAAAGUGAAACGUUUGAUUAAGAUGCUUCCAAUGUGGUCUUGUUUCCUCACUUUGAGCCUGGUUGCUGCUUCUGGCAGCACCUUCUUCUUUGAGGAAGCCAGUGUUAUUGAAGACGGUGGUGUUAUUGACAACGAUAAUAAAAUUCUCUUCCUUGCCAAUGUGGUUCGAUUCACAGAUUUGGUGGGGUCAGUAAUAUCCAAUUACAUUAUGACUAAACUUAGAGACAAAAUGAAAUUCAACCAACAGAGGAUGGAGUUGGUGAAAAUCGGAAUGGGGAUGUUGUGUUGCGUAUCGUGCUGUAUCGUUGCUUGGGGUCUUGCAUCACUCAGGCGGAAUUACUAUAUUAACGUAUUUUGGCUAACACCACAAUUUAUUUUACUUGGACUAAUGCAAGGACUCUCUGAAGAUGGCCUCGAAUCGUUUUAUGAAUCGCAGGCUAGUAAGAGUUUGUUGAGUUAUGGGCCGCCGUUUGGAGAGUUGGUGAUGGGGAUAGGUAAAUUUAUGAGCAUACCUUGCGUUCUCAUCUUCAGCAUGACAUCCAUUAGAUGGUUCCAGAAGGAUAUAGACGCCAGUCGGCUCGACAAGUAUUAUAUUUUUCUGGCUGUUUUGAGUUUCCUGAACUUUGUGUUAUAUUGUUUUUUCGGGUGGUGGUAUAGAAACAACACUUUCCUAGCGAGAGACGAGGAAAAUGGCGAUAUUGUUCAGCAGAGUGAAGUGAUCACUUUGGUUGAAGGUGUUGAGCCUCGAUCAGUUGAGGGGCGUCACAUCUCUCAGCGAUCUCUCUCUAGUCGAUUUGUUUCCAAGGGGAAGGGGAGCGGCCGUAGUGAAGCUGGUAAUGCUACAGCAGAUAGGUCAGGAAGUGGAGAAGAGGAAAUGGAAACAUAUGAAGAUCCACUCUUGGGCUCGACGGAUCAAUCCACUAGUGAACACAUCUCUUAUAGAUCUGAUUCCGAGCCUAGAGAGAGCAGCUGUGGUGAUGUUACGGUAGAUGGCGAAGAAGCAGAGGCGGAAACACACGAAGAUCCACUCUUGGGCUCGUCGGAUAUGUCCACUAGGAAUACUACUAUGAAUUUUUAUGCGUUGCUGCGCGUAGUCACGUUGAUGACACGUCUAUCCUCAAGAGCGGCUCGCAAACGCUCCAACCCGAAGCAUGAGUAG